CAGUGUUCCAGAUAAGUGAGGGGUCUCGGGUCAAAAACCUGACAAGUUCAGGUACAUGAUCUGAUAAAGUAAUAGAAAAUUGAUAAUGGUUUGGUGGGAGCAGUGAGAAUUGACCCGUUGGAAUUCUUUAUUGACACCCGGCCUUAAAAACGUAUCUGGAACCCCGGUAGUUUGAUCGAUAUUGCUUAUUGUGAACAUUUCCAAUACAGAUGCCUUGCUUCGAAUUGUUACGGAAUUUUGAGUUAUUUUGGCCACGUACAAAAUUACCUUUAAAUUGAAGGAAACCUGAAAAUAGCAGUUUACUAAGAUGGAAAAAUACCAAAGAGAUAAUAAUAAAUCAUAAAGGAACAAGGAUGGUUAAUGGUGGAGACGAUUGACGCGGUUUGCAAACGACGAACUUAAAUAAUUUAGUGUAAACUUUUCAAGACGCGUUGCACAAACCGUGACUUAAACGAAAUUUAACCAGAGAGUUAGCGGUGUAAGGUAGAAAAUUACAGAAAAACAUCUACUGCGAAGCAAUUUCAAAUUAAUAAACGUAAGACACAGUUGAACUUUUUGUGAUCUCUAAAACUUUGGUACAACAGCUGCGGCGAUAUUUUUGUUUUAUAUUAACGUAUUGCAUGGCGAACAACAAAUUGUUUAGCUUUGUGACAAAUAUGUAGUUUCCAAGGUAGCAGCCUCUUGAAAAGAGCCCUCAUUGGUCUUUAUUUAGCUUUGCUGAGAUCAUAAUUUAUGCAUUUUUUAAACAGUAUUUCAUAAACUUAGAGGUGUGAUUGUUUGCUUAGUAGGAAAAUUUUUUUUUCAUGUCCUGAGUAUAAUUUUUCCAAGAUAUUCUAGUACAGUCGUCGUUUUGUGUGGUGAUUGGCAUCUGAUUUCGUGGAGAGUUAAUAUUUGCGUUUCAGUUAUGUAAAGGAAGAGGAAGAGACAGAAAAGGCAAAAGUGAUAGAAACAGGAAAAGUGCACGCGAAACGUAGCAUGUCUCGGAUUCUCGCAUGCUCAUUCAAGCGUUCUUUCAGUAUUGUAAAGAGCCGACAUGAAUUAACAGCUGAAAGCGAAAACGCAGGAGAUAACACCGACGAACAAAGAGAACCAGAGCAGACAGUGGAAGAAACGGACAGUCUGCAGGAAACCGUGAGCGAGGCUGACAUUCAAGGCGAACAGUCAAGUGAAACCAGUUCUUUCACAGAGGAGAAAGCUUUAUCUGAGGAGAAAAUCGAGUCAAAAGCUAACGAGAUGCCGGUCUCGGCUGGGGAUUGUAAAGAGUUCGAGUACAAGCCAGCUGCCUUGCCAGAGAGGAACAGAUUCCAAGCUGGUGUCACGUUCGUGGAUUCCCAAGGUUAUGUUUAUGCUCAAGAAGUGAAGGAAGGGGACCGUACAUUGAUAAAUAUCAUGGGAAGUCUUUUGGAGAAGUACGGUAAAGGCGAAGACUUGUCAGCUGCACCGGUUGAUGCAGCAUCAGCAUCUCCAGGCCUCCCUUGUGUUGCUCAGUUCACGGAGGAUGGUAUGUGGUACCGCGCAAGGGUGGUGAAGUUUGUAGAGGAGGACAAAGUGGAGGUAAACUUUCUGUCAUUGUAACACCCGUCUCACAACUCAGCAUUGUUAGCCCUGUUUCCUCUAAGGGACGGACCAUUUUUUUUUUGAGGCGCGGUGGGGUUGGGCAAUUUUU